GUGAGUAAAACGCGCAAGUUCGUGAGUAUUGUUGUGUUUAGUUCGAUAGGAUUUUUUUGGCUUGGUCGCGCGCCUAAUUGUUUAAAAUUAUUAACUAAACCUCCUAAAUCAAUGUCCCAAAAUGAGAGAAACAUUGAUCUGGAUCUCAAUCUGGAAAUCCUUACAGCUGCCACAGCGGCGGAGUUUGUGAAUGGAAUAUUCGACUAUUUGCUGUAUCAGAGAAGGCAGAUUCCAUUUGUCUACAAAACUUAUAAAUAUUUUAUAGAAAAAUGGAGCGAGGAACAGGACGAGACACAGAAAUCCUUUGCCCAUCAUCAGUUGAAGCUGCAUCGUUCCAAGGCCACGGCCACCAAGGAAUCCAUCAGUGCCAUAAGAGAGCUAAUACGGCAAGCCUUCAGGAUCAGCGUAGUCAAAAAAUGUCGUUUUUUGUUUGGGAAUUCGAUCUUUAUGCCAACGGAGUCUUAUACUUUACAUAUCCCACAUAGCACCAUAAUCCGGAAGCAGCAAUUUGACCUGACUGAGAGCCGUAUCAACCAAUCUCUAAUCUCUCUAAUGGCAUGUGAUGAACUCUGUGCAAUCUUUGGCAGCGAGAUGAGCACCACCAAUAUGUUCCUUGAACUAGAGCUGCAGACGGACGUGGCUGUUCCCGCAAAUGGGAUGGGAAUCUUUCCCAAGGAUGUGUUAAGUCAAUUGCCAAGAAGCUGUAAAAAUGUGCACUUACAUCUCUUGUACGACCAUGGACACCAACCUGCCCCCGAAUUGGCCAUUUACCAGGAUCUGGAGCUUAUGCGGUUAGAGCAAUCAACUAGUCAAGUGGAAGACUCAGAGGUGACAGACAAAAGCAAAGAGGAGCAAGAGUUCUCUUGGUGGCAAGCAGAGGCCAUCGUACGUGGCUUCAAGACGCCUAAUCAUAAGUCCUUUGAUCUUUGGUCUAGUUAAGAAUCCAUCAAGCAAUAAACUAUAGACAAUAUUACAUUUAUUUGCAAUUUACGAAA